AUUAAGUACAGUGUCAUUAAAUUAGUAAUAUUAAAAUUGUUAAAUCAUGUCGAUGUCUACCUUCAACUUUGCGAGCAUGGCGGCCCAAAUUACCGAAGAACAGGGCAUAUCAUUCCAGGACAAGGGCAAAACCUGGAACUCUGCAUCGGAUGUUCAGGACGUGGUGGAUGCUCUCAACAACCAAGCCAAGGUUCAUUUCCUGAUCCUUGAUGGCAACACGCUGGGAGUGGAGGCAGCCAUUGCCAUUGGGGAGGCCCUGAAGCGUCAUCCGGAGUUCCGCAAGGCGCUGUGGAAGAAUAUGUUUACGAGCCGUCUUAAAAAUGAAAUUCCAGACGCGUUAAAGCACCUUGGAGCUGGUCUCAUUGAAGCAAAAGCAAAACUGACGGUUUUGGAUCUGAGCGACAAUGCCCUCGGCCCCAAUGGCAUGCGUGGACUGGAAGCGUUUCUGCGCUCGCCAGUCUGUUACUCGCUUCAGGAGCUGCACCUCUACAACUGUGGCCUUGGCUCCGAGGGCGGUGCCAUGUUGUCCAGGGCUCUCAUCGAUCUUCAUGCUAAUGCGAAAAAGGCGGGAACGCCGCUCCAGCUCCGUCUCUUUAUGGGCGGACGUAAUCGCCUAGAGGAUGCCGGCGCGAAGGCAAUGGCCAACGCCUUUGCCACUCUGAAAACGUUCCAGGAGAUUGUCCUGCUACAGAACUCUAUAUACUUGGAAGGGGUUAAAGCUCUGGCUGAUUCCUUUAAGGCGAAUCCACACCUGCGAGUGCUUAAUAUGUACGACAACACCCUGAAGUCCAAGGGAGCUGAUGAGAUCGCCGAAGUUAUUAAAAGCCUAACAAUGCUUCGGGAGAUCAACUUUGGCGACUGCCUUAUAGGCACGAAUGGCGCCUACCAAAUCGCCGAGGCCUUGGAGAACUCGAAUUAUGAUUUGGAGGUGAUUGACCUAAGCUCCAAUGAGAUCAACUCUGAUGGCGGUCUGGUGCUGGUUACGGCCAUCCAGAACAAGCCCAAGCUGCGUGUGCUCAACAUUGAUAGCAAUUGCUUCGGAGAGGAGGGCUGCGCGCAGAUCAUCGAGCAGAUGUCCAUGUAUCCGAAUGCUGUUGCUCUGCAACCUUUAGAGAAUGACGAGGGUGAGAUGGAGGGCGAAGAGUCUAUUGAGGAGGAGGAGGAGGAAGAGGAGGAAAAUGGCGACGAGUACGAUGAAGGAAACGACGAGUACGACGAGCACGAGCACGCCAAUGACACGACCGAAGAGGCAGACGAAGAUGACGAGGAGUACGCCGAAGAGACCGCCUAUGUGACCACCACUGCAUACACCACAAAGUUGUUCAACGAGUCGAUAAACUCCAAAGCCAGCGACAGCAAGAGCUGUAACCCCGAACAGUUCUGCCUGAGCCAGACGCCCUGCUCCCUUCAACAGUUCGAGUCCCUCGACGACGAGAAUAAGCUGCAGGCCCUACAGGCGAUUAUAAAUCAAUUCACCGAUGACAACCAUUUGCUGCUCCUCGUCUUCACCACCCUGAAGUGCGCGCAUUUGUCGCAGUUAUCUCAGCCGGCUCUAGAGCUCGCCGCUUCGCUCUUCCAGGCCACCUUCGACUAUGCCGUAAAAACCAAGCAGGAGACUCGUGUCGUGAACUAUGUCCUGAAGCAGUUGGGCCUGUUGCGCUGCGAAGAGGCCUUCAAGACAGAGUACGAUGUGAAAAGUUGCCGCUACGCCCUUCGCGAGGCUCUGAAAAAACCGCAGUUCGCCAAUGACAACAUCAAAAAUACAUUUAAGCUAUUUCUGGAUAAAGUCGAUGCAUAAACUGGUCCCAAAUUAUGACUCAAAAUCAGUUUAAAUUUGAUCAAAUUCCCCUUUGUUGGAGAAAAUACAUGCGUAUGACUUA